GCUUAAUUGGCUUAUAUUACCAAUUUAUUCAAGAGCAGAAAAUAAAUAUUGUUAAGCCUAAUGAUCCCACAUUAGUAGCAACAACAACUUUGACAUCAUUGCCUCAAUUACCUCCUAUACAAGAUAAAGGAAGAAUUUGGCCACCUGACCUUCGUUAUGCGAUAUGUGUACCAAAAAUAUAUAUAUAUAAAAUUCCAUCUACCAUUCAAAUUAAUGAUGAUAAACAACAAAUGUGUAAAUUCUCAAAUUAUAAUGCUGAAUUACUUCUAUUCAAUCAACUUUCAGCAUUAAAUUCAUCAUUACAUAAUUUAUAUGUCACAGAAAAUCCCGAUGAAGCAGAUUUAUUUUAUAUUCCAUUUUUUGGAAGUUGUUAUUUAUUCAACUGUUGGAUAAACAACAAUUGGAAUCAAACUGUAAGAUGUGAAGUGGAUUCAAUAUAUUUAGAACCAUUGAUGAAUUAUAUUAUUCAAAAUUUUCCUUACUGGAAUAAAACUAACGGAGCAAAUCAUUUUAUGAUACAUCCAAUGGAUAGUUCUGAUGGAUAUUAUGAAAAAAAUUAUAUGUUCCAGAAUGCGAUAUAUCUUACAAUAAUUGGUGAUAAGAGAAAUACAGAUUACCAAAAAUUUAGAAGAUAUAAUAAUAUUGUUAUACCAAGCGCUACUCCAAUAUUAAAUACUCAUAAUGUAGAUCCUAUCAAGUACGUUGGUAAAGAUGGUAAUCCGUUCGGUCGGGACAUUAAAGGAAUUUUUAAAGGAUGUUGUGCUAAUGUUAAUGCAACAGAUAGUUAUUCUGAUGGUGUUAGAUAUAUAAUAUUUAAUAGAUUAAAAGGACUGCCUGAUUGGGACAUUGGAGAAUCAUCAGAAAACAAAGAAUAUUCUAAAGCACUUGCAAGAUCAAAAUAUGGGUUGGCACCAUCCGGAUGGACAUUGGACACUACACGUAUAUGGGAAUAUUUUGCGUUCGGAGUGGUUCCUGUCGUCAUUGCUGAUGGGAUUAUUGAACCUUUUGAGGACGAUGUUGAUUGGGAUUCAAUGAUCGUUAGGAUCCGACGCAAUGAUGCUCAUAGAAUUAAUGAAAUAUUGGAUGCAAUUCCAGAAGAUGAAUACCAAAGAAAACGUGCGAGAGUUUGGUUGAUUGGAAAGAACAUG